AGGCAACAUCGCUUCAUACAAUACUCGCAAAAGUGUGACAAACAGUGUCAGGAUUAUAACGUGUGCUAUUCGACUGCGUAUAUCAUGGGUGGCAAACAAGCGUUGCUGUAUCUUGGCCUCGUGUGCUUGCAGACGAUUUUCGUGAACGCCGUGCCGGACUGGCUACCACCUGAGAUAUUCGACAUGGUGGCAGAGGACAAGGCUCGGUGCAUGAGCGAGCAUGGCACGACGCAAGCGCAAAUCGACGAAGUGGACAAGGGAGUACUAAAAGACGAUACGUCGAUCACUUGUUAUAUGUUUUGCUUGCUCGAAGCGUUCAGCUUGGCCGACGACGAAGGCGACAUAGACGCGGAUAUGUUGUUAGGUCUGCUGCCAGAUCAAAUGCAGGCAAGAGCAGAGUCGGUUAUGUCCAAAUGUACUCCAGCAACGGGCUCUGAUAAGUGCGACAAGAUAUAUAACCUCGCCAAAUGCGCCAUGGCGGAAGCACCGGACGUAUGGUUCAUUGUCUAAGGUCAAGGAAAGAAGAUUACAUCCCGGGACGGCGGAACGAUCUUUUUUUCUGUAGGCAAUGACAGAAAAAUUACGGAUAGGCUGGGAAACGAUUACGCGAAUGGAUAUUCGAUGAUGAUAAACAACGAAAGAAAGAAAAAAAAGGAAAAAAAAAAGUAAAAA